GCUUGCACGCGCGCAUGAUCGACCCGCUUUUUGAGUAUUACAGUUCAGCUUUUUACGAAUAACUAACUCUGGUCCACCUUGAAUAUGAAUCCCUCUGUGCUACGAGGUGUUAAAAAGGCCACUCGCCAUUUUGCAUUUGUUUUCCCUCUGUUUUCCUGAUCCAAAAUAAACAGAGCCAUCCACUUAUACACUCUUGAUAAAUUAUCAUCCUUCUCUUUUCAUUUAGGAAUUUCAUCAAACACGUAGAGGCUGAGAUUCAGAUACGGAACACAGAGAUUGAAAUGACUGUUACUCAGUUGCAGAGUUAUCACCAUCCAUGGAUUUUACCUGCUCGAAUCCCGAAACUAAGUCAAAUUCGCUCUCCAUUGUCGCCGUUCCCUGUUCGGUGGAUCAAAUCUUCAACAUUACUUUCGUGUAGUUCCAGAGGCUUGAACUUCCAAGGCAAUUUUGAGAAGCAAAGGCAUCGGUUGGCUUCUAUUGCUUGCCUGGAUAUUUCAGACAAUUCGUGCUCAAAGCUCUUAAGAAUGAGGCAAAUUAGUAGUUCUCAGGAUUAUCAAAAUAAAGUCGCGUUUGGAUCUAUUGCGUCCUGUUGUAUAUUGAGAUUCGCACAGUUAAAUUUGGCAAAUGCGUUUAUAAAGAUGGUUCGAGAUUCAGUUCCCUCUUUGGUUUUGACUUUUGGCACAAGCUCCCCUUUUGCAUGUGUAUCUAAUUCUUUAAAUAAACCAACGCCACUUGGUUUAGAUGUAUCCUUCCCUUCGUUUAAAGAUCUUCAGUGGAGCUUCGCUCGAUUGCUCUAUUUGUUCAACAUCCAACUUGAAAGAAAUGUGGCUACGUUCUUUGUAGUGCUCCUUGUGGCUUGCUUCUCAUUUGUUGUCAUCGGCGGUUUCCUAUUUUUUAAGUUCAGGGGUAGUACACAAUCACUGGAGGACUGUUUCUGGGAAGCGUGGGCAUGUCUGUGUUCAUCAUCUACUCAUUUGAAGCAAAGAACACGUGUAGAACGUGUUAUUGGCUUUGUUCUUGCCAUUUGGGGCAUAUUGUUCUACUCUCGGCUAUUGAGUACAAUGACAGAGCAGUUCAGGAAUAACAUGCAAAGGCUCAGGGAAGGCGCGCAAAUGCAAGUUCUUGAGACUGAUCAUAUUAUAAUUUGUGGAAUAAACAAUAAACUGUCUUCCAUAUUAAAGCAGCUAGAUAAGUAUCAUGAGUUUGCCGUCCGCUUAGGCACUGCUACAGCUAGGAAGCAGAGAAUUCUUCUCAUGUCUGAUCUUCCAAGGAAGCAGAUAGACAAGCUAGCUGACAAUUGUGCCAGAGAUCUUAACCAUAUAGAUGUACUCACUAAGAGUUGCAGCCUUAGCCUAACAAAAUCCUUUGAAAGAGCUGCAGCCAAUAAGGCACGCGCAAUAAUAGUGUUGCCCACAACCAAUGGGGAUAGGUAUGAAGUUGAUACCAAUGCAUUUCUAUCUGUGUUAGCUCUUCAACCUAUCACAGAUAUGGAAUCUGUCCCCACCAUUGUUGAGGUAUCAAAGUCCAAUACAUGUGAACUCUUAAAGUCAAUUUCUGGGCUGAAAGUAGAGCCAGUGGAGAAUGUCGCAUCCAAAUUAUUUGUUCAGUGCUCUCGGCAGAAAGGACUGAUAAAAAUCUACAGACAUUUACUUAAUUAUAGAAAAAAUGUAUUUAACCUUUGCAGUUUUCCUAAUCUGGCUGGAAUUAAAUUUAGGAAACUAAGACGUGGAUUCCAGGAGGUGGUUGUUUGUGGUCUUUACCGGAAUGGGAAUAUAUUUUUCCACCCGAAUGAUGAUGAAAUCUUACAGCAAACAGACAAAAUUUUGUUCAUUGGACCUGUUCAUGGGAGAAGGACACCCGAAAUUGCAUAUUCUAGUGUUUUCAAAGAAGGAGGAACUUCUUUAAAAGAUCUCAGAAUUGUAGAGGACACUGAAGAAAUAAAUCAUGCAAUACAAUUGAAAAGAUCACGGCUUGCAAAUAUUGUAAAACGUCUCAGUAAAUCUGGGUCAAAGGCAUCAGAUUCAUCUCCAGGACCAAAAGAAUGUAUACUUUUGCUUGGAUGGCGCCCAGAUGUUAUAGAAAUGAUUGAAGAGUAUGAUAAUUACCUUGGACCUGGAAGCAUAUUGGAAAUUUUAUCAGAUGUACCCUUAAAUGACAGAAAAGGGGCAAGAAACAGUAAAGGUCAAGUGCAACUCAAACAUGUUCGGGUUUCCCAUAGGAUUGGAAAUCCCAUGGAUUAUGAUACUUUAGAGGAAACCAUUAUUAAUAUUCAAAAUUCUUAUCAGAAAGCAAAAGCUAUUCCUUUAUCAAUUGCUGUUCUAUCAGAUAGAGAAUGGCUUCAAGAUCCGUCCAGGGCAGAUAAGCAAUCCGCCUUUUCCCUUCUCGUUGCUGAAAAUAUCUGCAACAAACUUGGAGUUAAGGUACAAAAUUUAGUAGCAGAAAUGGUCGACUCAAAAUUAGGCAAACAAAUUUCAAGAAUCAACCCAUCCCUGACUUAUAUAGCAGCAGAGGAAUUAAUGAGUCUUGUCACUGCUCAAGUGGCAGAGAAUAGUGAAUUGAAUGCGGUGUGGAAAGACAUUCUUAAUGCAGACGGUGAUGAAAUAUAUGUUAAGGAUAUUAGCCUAUACAUGAAAGAGGGAGAGAAUCCUUCAUUCUUUGAGCUCUCUGAAAGGGCACAUUUGCGGCGAGAGGCCGCAAUAGGCUACAUCAAAGAUAAUAAGAAGGUCAUCAAUCCAACACCCAAGUCGGAACCUCUUUCCCUUGGAAUGACAGACUACUUGAUUGUUAUAUCGGAGCUCCAAGUAGAACAACCUAUCAUUUACAAAAUGUAAACUUCAGUCCAUCAUCAGCUGCUGCUUCUUGUGUAUUUUCAUUUUAAUUGUUGCUGGGGCUGUUUAAUCUAAGUUCAAGCAGAUAUUCUAUGAUAAAACUUUCCUGAGUAACUAUAACAUAUCAUCAAAAUUUAGUAGUAUCAGGUCUGUAAAGUGAAAUGUAGAUCAUCCACUAUCCCCAGAGUUCUUACUAAAGGAGCUAAACUUAAUUCGAGCUUUGAUGACCGAGUUCGAAUUUGGCUCAAGCCCAACUUGUAUUUUAAUAUUUAUGCUAGCUGGAUCGGGUUCAAUUUCGGCUCA